AUGCCAUUUUCUACCCGUGUUCCUAACACUGCUAGAAGCCGCGCGGUCCCACCAGCUUGGUCGCUCCCCGCUAGUGUUCCUGGCUCCCGGCGACCAGUCUACCCGAUCGAGGAGCCGAGCCGAGGAGCGCGGGCGGGCGACCAAGAAGCGGACGAGAUAUCUGCCGUGGACGCUGAACACGAGACCAGAGACAUGACAGACCAACGCCAUCUGUUGUCCCACCCUUCGCUGGAGAAAGCCCAGUCCCGGCCGCAGGCCAAGGGUUCAGUGCGGGCGAUGGCAUACAAUGUCUCGAUCUGCACAACCGAUUAUUUGCAGUGUCUUACCCUACGUGCAAGGAAUGCCGAAUCUCACCCCGGAUAUCUCGACCAUGACUGGUCUCGAGCUGGCACAAGACGGCACGUUGAACCAAACAUCUCACUGUCCUAG